AUGUCUAAUGAUCCCAAGCUUCUCUAUGCUGUAGAGGGCAUCAACGCUUACCAUAUCACCAAUGGCAAAGAGCAGUCCCUCACUCCUUCGGGGCCCCAGACCCUGUCGCUCCUAAUGGUCCCGACCUCCUCUGGCUUCGUUGAACCUUCAGGAACUGGCUCCGAUGGCGAGGAGGACUUCUACCUUCACCUGCAUCUCCCUCCUGAGCUCGACCUUCCUCUUCCUGCCACGACUCAGAUUUACCACCAGCCACCUACAAGCUAUCUGAUUCCCCGCUGGGAUCUUGGCCCCGACAGCGGUGCUUUUACCCGCAUCGAAUUCCCUCCUGCCAACUCUCGAGCUGGUGUUCAGGAAGACGUCGACACUUUUGAGACCAUUCUCGCCCAGUGCACCGCAUUCCUUGAACGCUCAGCUCCCCCUCAUCCACCUCGACCUUCCGAGAAGGCGCAGGCCAAGGCGCGAGAGGCCGCUGGAGAGCAGCUCCCCGCGUACAAUCCCGCUGACUAUACCCCUGGCGAAGGUUAUGCUCAGGGCAGCCAGAGUGCACAGAAUGGGGGCCGAAUCGUGCUUAUUGACGAGGAGGACGGCAGUGUCCUGGGAGAGCUGACAGAUAGCUACCAGGUGGUGGAAGACGAGAAGAUCAAGCCUGGUUCCAAAGACCCCGUCGAGAUCUCUCUUCCCGCCGAUGGCGGCCAGAAUAUCUCUGUACAGCCUGUUUCGCAGCCAUGGACUGAGAUGGAAAUGCACCCGUCUUACAAAAAGUCAACCCUUGUGAGCAGCGCAACCAAGGCGUCUCGACUCAUUGUCACAACCUCCGACGUUGUCUCCAGAACGCUUCAAGGCCAAGCCGAUAACUUUACCCAGAAAACAAAGCCUAACGCCAAGCCUGUCACGUUCGCCCCUACUACACAUGCACAUAUUCGCCGGAUCAAUACCUUCUCGACCAAGGCAGCUACCUUCUCUGCUAACACGGUCGGCACCAUUGGUAACAUCGCGCAGAACGUUGGUGCAACCGUCACUCGUCGUAAGGAUGGACGGGCUAGAGGUUAUGACAAGGACGGUCAGGCCAUUGAUACCUAUAAGCCGGGUGUGCUCAAUAAGAGCUUGAUGGCUUUCAACACUGUUGUCGAUGGUAUUGAACAAGCUGGUCGGAACCUGCUUACGGGCACAUCAUCCAGUGUGACAACUGUUGUUGGUCACCGCUGGGGUCCUGAAGCUGGUGAGGUGUCACGCAACCUUGGUGGCGGUGUCAAGAACGUUGGACUUGUCUACAUUGAUGUCACAGGUGUGUCCCGACGUGCAAUUCUCAAGAGUGUUGCAAAGGGCAUGGUUGUCGGAAAAGUUAAGGGCGGUGGCGAGAUCAUUGUUGGGGCUACAGACAACGGAGGUUACGAGACAAGACCAGACAAUGGUCAACGAGCGCAAAGCACAUAUGGUGACAAUGUCAGCAUUGCAAGUGGCCCUGAUCCUAAUGGAAAGAAGCCUGCCAAGGGACAGUACUGA